CGAACCCACGGGGUCAAACCUUCUGUUUGUCACAUCUUGUGAUGUAGCAUUCGAAACAAGGAAUAGCUGCAUAUUUUGAGUAUGGGGAUGUUUUAUCAUUUAGUCCUGGUCUUAUGCACGUUGCAUGUCCUUUUUAGUUACAGUCCGACUGUGAACGCGUCCAGGAGGCCGUGGACAUCUGCUGGUACCAGUGGAGCCGAGGGGAGGAAGGCCAGAGCGGCCAACAGACCAGCACCUGUCGAAUGCAAGCUGGGGAACUGGGGCUCUUGGAGUCCUUGUACCUCCUGCACAGACAAAAAGUUCCGUUUUCGAUACUUGGAGAAACCCUCUCAGUUCCAAGGCACCGACUGCAUCGACACACUUUGGGAGAAACUGGCGUGUCCGACGGCGACCACAAAGUGUAUGGUGCCAGAUUACUGCGGCGAGAGCUUCACCUGCGAAGGAACAGGGCGCUGCGUCAGCCAGUCGCUUCGCUGCAACGGGGACUACGACUGCGAGGACCUGUCCGAUGAGAGCGGCUGUGCGUCUUUCAACCAGCGGGACGACAAGUGCGCCAGCAUCCUGUCAAUUCCUGGCGCUGAACGAGGCACUCAGGGUUUCCACAUCUUAAGUGGAGAACUUAUGGAUCAUGUACUUGACUCAAAGUACUUUGGAGGACAGUGCGAAUAUGUCUACAAUGGUGAAUGGAGGAAGUUCGCCUAUGAUGCAUUCUGUGAGAAUCUGCACUACAACGAGGAUCUAAAAAACUUCAGAAAGCCCUACAACUAUCAUUCCUACCGUUUUGUGGCUGAAGCCACGUCUGAGGGCUCCAGCGAAUACUACGAAGAUGCGUUGAGCCUUCUCAAUGCGAGGAAGGAGGAGAGGUCUGGCAAUGCUGGGUUUACAGUAGGGGUGGCCUACGUGGAAGUGGGACUGAAGGCUAGCGCGGAAACGACCUUCCUCACGAACAUAACGAAGCAUAGGAGCCAGGACUCGGCAUUCGUGAGGCUUUCCUCCAAAGUGCAAACUGCUCGGUUCAAGAUGAGAACCGAUAAGCUGAUGCUUCACGAGGAUUUCUACGUGGCGCUGAUGGAUCUUCCGGAGCAGUACGACUUUGGGAUGUAUUCCCGCCUCUUCAACACCUUUGGCACCCACUACGUCACAGAGGGAACUAUGGGAGGAACCCUUGAAUAUGUUUUGGUUCUCGACAAAAAAUCUGUGUUGGACUCAAAGCUCGAGGGCAGUGAGAUCGGUGGAUGCUUAGGUGCUUCGCUUGGACUAGGGAAACCAUUUGGUACCCAAGUAACAGCAGGCCUUAAACUGAAAGGAAACCUGUGUGGCAAAACAGGAGACUUUCAAGGAGAGACACAUGCGAGUUCAGUUUCGGUCGAGGACAUUGUCACCUUAGUAAAGGGCGGUAUCACAUACAGCAGCAGCGGCUUGCUGGCCAUCAGAAACCCGGACACCUACAAGGCCUGGGGAGCCAGCCUCCAGUACAACCCGGCGCUUAUCGAUUAUGAGAUCAUGCCCAUCUAUGAGCUGGUGCGCAGCAGCACGGCCGCGGGCCACGUGGGCGCGAGGCUGCCCAACCUGCAGCGCGCGUACGACGAGUAUCUGCAGCAGUUCGACCCGUGCCGCUGCGUCCCCUGCCAGAACAACGGGCAGGUCGUCCUCACGGGCACCGCCUGCAAGUGCAUCUGCAAGUCCGGCUACCAGGGAGACGCCUGCGAGGAGACGCACGGAAGAGAGACCAAGACGGACGGGGUUUGGUCCUGCUGGGGGCCCUGGUCGUCCUGUGCGUCGGGGAAGAAGACUCGGACGAGGAGCUGCACCAACCCCCCGCCUAAGGACGGCGGAGCCGCGUGCCUCGGCUCCUCUGCCCAGUCCCAGAGAUGCUAGUGUACCAUUCCUCCCACAUUAUGAACAUAUUGAAGCAGUUGGCUUUCAAAAACAUAAACACGUGAGAAAUAAUAA